AUUGCAUCUGCAUCUCCUCGCAAUCCACAACAAAAUCAUGGCAGAAUCAAAGGUCUGGCUAGUUACUGGAUCAUCGUCGGGAUUCGGUCGCUCGAUGACAGAACUCCUGUUGAAGAACGGAAAUAGAGUGGUCGCAACUCUGCGUCGCAAGGAAGCCCUGUCCGAUCUUGCCGAACAGUAUCCGUCUUCCCAAUUGCUGAUCGUCCAGACGGAUGUCGUAAAGACCUCGGAGGUGGCUGCCGCAUUUGCAAAAGCCAAAGAGGUGUUCGGACGUAUCGAUGUUGUGUUCAAUAACGCGGGCAUGGCUAUUCUCGGAGAGAUGGAGUCUAUGAGCGAUCAGGACGCUCGUCAGAUCUUCGAAGUGAACUUUUGGGGUGCAUCAAAUGUCACAAGGGAGGCUAUUCGGAUGUUCAGGGAAGUAAACAAACCUAUCGGAGGAAGAUUAUUGCAGGUUUCUUCAUCGUUGGGUUUGCGUGGAAGAGCUGCAACGUCCUACUAUGCCGCAUCUAAACAAGCAUUGGAAGGAUUCAGCGAGAGCAUCGCACAAGAGCUGGAGCCGGCUUGGAACAUACAGAUUACCAUAAUCGAACCAGGUCCAUUCCGGACGGGAAUGUUCAAGGGCAACAUGCAACUCGUCCCUCAACAUCCAGCUUAUGCAGACCCAGAGCUACCUGGUUCUAAAUUCCGUCAAUGGAUGACUUCAACUCCGGCUGACGGAGACACUGAAAAGGCGGUGGCGGUCAUUGAGAAACUCACUCACCUAGAUGAUCCACCGCUAAGAAUUCCGUUGCACAGACUUGCGGUCGGAGCCGGGAGAGAGAAGGCAAAGAGUCUCACUGAAACCAUAGAUAGAUACGAAUCGUGGACGGAAAACGUCUACUUCACGUAGUACAGCUGACGGGUAGUACUUACUUUGGACAGAAUUGGACUCAAUCGUGAAUGUGGCGGGAUAUCGAAAAUGCCGAUGCGAGUUACUC